CUUACUCUCUCCCGCUCUCUCUAUCGCUCUUGCUCACUUUGCGGGGGAGUGUGUUCAGGCAGUUACUAACAUUGCUAUUUUUGGCAUUAUCGUGUAUAUUUGUGUCUGUGUGUGUGUGUGUGUGCAAUGCAGACAACACCUCUUGCUCUAUUUAUGCUGCAGCCAGAGAGAAAGAGAGAGAGAGAAAUAGAGAGAGAGACAGAGGGAGAGAGACAAACACACAUUGUAAGUGAGGGAAUGAGACUGAUACUCAGGUGAAUUGUGGACUGCUGGAAGAGAAAACACUCACAGUCUGACACACGGAGGACAUUUAAUAUAUAUCCACACACACACACACACACACACACACACACAAAUAUAAUGUCGAGUUUGGGGAAGCUGAUUAAUCGGAGAGAUGGACGCCGCAGUGGAAGCUACUGCUGUAGCGCAGCUGAGGCCAGGUCACUUGAGCGGCGUCUGCAGAGACCCCUGCUGGCCAAGUCCAGAACAUUACCCAGCAUCCCUCAGUCUCCCCUCGUGAGCCGUGUGAAUCAAAACGCGCAGCUGGUUGGCAGAAGUGAGCCCUGCUCCCAACUGGCGUCUAGCCCCACCCACCUCAGCGCCUGCACACUGCCUCCUGCAGAUUACGCGUGGCGAUUAGAAGACGAUAAUGAAGGUGAAGACCAAAAGGUGGGUCUAGAUGUGAAGCUCCGCCCACAUUCACAGUCACCAUUCUCUCAGCUGCAUAGCCGCGCUGCGUAUCUGAGAAAGAGUCUUUCCGUGGAUGGCCACCUGGGCGUGUCCGAGGAUGACUCCACCCAUUCAGAGGGGCGUGGCUCACGCAGCGGUAAAGGAAAGCUGAAAAGGAAAUUUAGUCUUGGUUCUGCUGACAGGAAGGAGGCGAGACAGAAAAGGCUGGACUCUGGUAUUCUGCGAUUGACUCAGCGUCUCUCUGUAAAAGACAAGAAGCAGGAGAAGAGUUUCUAUAGGAGGCGCUCUCUCAGCGUUGACUGGGUGGAGUCUAAGAUGUCUCAGCGUGCUCAGGAGCCCUGUGCACCACCAGUGCGGAAAUACUCGAGCCCUUCCUGUUCGUCCCCACCCAAUGCGGCACGCCGUCUCUAUAGGAACCUUUCUGGAAAAUUUCGAAUGUCAAAUUCGGACGAGACGGAAAACAAAGAGCAGCUACGCAAAUCUAAUGCGUAUAACAGAGCAUUAUUCGAGGCGGUGGAACAGCAGGAUCUGGAUCUAGUGGAAUCACUCCUGAAGAACUUUAGUGCAGAAGAGCUGGACUUAAACACACCGAACAGUGAAGGGCUUCUUCCUCUCGACAUCGCCAUCCUCACUAACAACGUCCCCAUGGCCAAACUCUUACUGCAGAGGGGUGCUAAAGAGAGCCCGCACUUUGUAAGUCCUGAGGCGAGGGCAGCACAUCUGGUUGCCUUGGUGAAGGAGGCGGAGCUACGCGUGUCUGGACUGGCUGCCCAGGUGAAGGAGGCGGAGUCAACGGAUGAAGGAGCUAACAUGGAUAGAGAGAGGCAGCUGAAGGCAUGGGAGUGGAGACUUCGCCUCUACAAACGCAUGCAGACAGGAUACACACAUGCUAGCGCCCCCGACCCACCCAGCUGUGUACGUCUCUCUGUCAGCAGCUCUUCAAGUGUUAAAGUUAAUUUUCAGGAGCCGCUGUGCCUCAACGCUGCCAUCAUCACCAAAUACCGCGUGGUGUGGAGUUCUUCUCCGUCCUUUUCUCCAUUGCUUGGUGAGAGGGUGAUUGAGGAUACAACCCUACUGCAGUGUGACAUCACAGGCCUCCGAGCUGGGGUUCAUUAUUAUGUUCAGGUGUUUGCAUAUAACAUGAAGGGAUGGAGUGAACCUCAAAUAUCUGUACCGGCCUGUGCUGCACCAUCAGGAUGGAGGGAUGUGGACGGACGUGUGCCGCGGUUAAGCAGCCUCAGUGCGACUCUGCUCCAGAUCCUGGGACAGAUUAAAGAGUCGCACCAGAACUGCGUGUGUCACGAUCAGUGUAAGGGACAACCAAAUAUCAGGAAGCACUCUGUUUCUAAAAGCCUGAGACAUCUCUUCCAGCCCACCAGCAAAUUUGUCAAGAGUCUGAAAAGGGGUUUGUACGUAGCGUGUGUGUUUUAUAAGGACGAUAACGUGGUGGUCACGGCAGAGGAGCAGCUUCCCAUUAUAGAAGUGGACGAUUCUUACAGCUUCCUUACACAGGACUUUCUGUGGUUCACCAAGGUGACCUAUUUGUGGGAGGAAAUUCUGUGGCUGCAGCAAUGUGCUAGCUCCACCCACCCAUCCUGCUCCUGCACCCUGCAGACCCGCCUUAAAAUUCUUCAAGCCUUAACACAGCUUCAGGCUCUGUUAGGCACUCAGGACCUGGGCCAGGUGUACUUCGAGCCCCUGCGUGAUAAGCACGGUAACGCCGUGUUGGUGCUGCUGCGUGAUUUGGGUGGAUGUUCUGACCUGGACACACAGCGCUGGUGUAAACUUCUCAAACUCCAGCAGCAGCGCAAAUCCACCAGCGGCGCGGAUGAACCCACAGCACUCGACACACUCCUCCUCACCCUACAUGAGAAGCUUGCCUAUCAUAAGCGCAGCAGGAAGACACUCUCUCCUGGACUCUAUCUGGGUUACAUGAAGCUCUCCAGCUCAGUCGAGCAGAUCAGAGUGUUGGUUCCACAGAAAAUCCCUAAUGUGUUCUGCCAUGUCAAAAUACGUGAUAACAGCCAUGUCUCCAGGGAAGAGUGGCAGUGGCUGCAGUCUGUACGUUCUCUGGACAACACUCAGGAUGUGUACGCUAACGAGGAACACGCUGCGCAUCGCCUUCUGUUGGAGCUACGCAACGCUGCAAACGACCUGCUUGGGCGCAUCAAUAUCUCAGACAACCAGGCUCAAGAUUUUCGUAUUUAUGUCCAUGAUGUGCUUGAGUUCAGAAAGGGUGUGUCCUUCCUCUUGCUCCUCCCACCAUAUGAGGCAGUGUGUAUGCCACCUGGGCAAAAUAACUUCUCUCCUCGAUCUGAAUUUUUUACCCUACCACUACAGAUCUUUGAGCUAGUUCAUUUUGGAGCAUACUGUCCAACUUUUAUUGGUCAGUAUUGCCGUGCGUCCGCCAACUUGGACCUGGAGUCCCUCAUUUCCCUGCAGGCGUUACGGGAGGCUUUCUCAGAAACAGAGCUGCUCACUGCCAAGCAGAGGCAUCAAAAAAUCCAGGAGCUUUUCCAGCAGGUGGAUGAGGUUUGGCGUGAGGCUCGUUGGAUGGUGAAGGUGUUACAAUUUGCACGUUAUAAACAACAGCGUGCUGGUGUGAAUCUUGGCUCCAUCAUUGACUUCAGCAAGGAGACCAUCAUUGAAAAAACCCCUUCUACAUCCUCCCAGCCUGACUAUCUCCCCUCACCAGUUGAAUCACCUGCCCCUUCACCCGAUAGUGGCCGCAAAUACCCUGAUCCUCUGUCUGAUGAUGAAGGUUCCUUGGAGGUCUUCCUUACUCCAGACAGUGAUUACAGCUCCAGCCCACGAGAACUUGACCUCCUUCCACCAUCACACCCCCUCCCUUACACAAACACUCUUCCCCAGCCAGAUGUGCUUUUCUCAGGGGGUGGAGUCAGAGCAGGGUCAGAGCUAAUAGACAGUGACUUUGUCCUGCCGAGUCGUCAGAUCGAGCUGCUGCAUAUCACUGAGAAAAAAACAGCACUGUGUGUGCGUACCAGCAGCCUUGAAGCCCCACCCACUCCAUCAGUAACAACACUAAACUCCUCCCCUUCAAAAGUGUGGGCGCACCCUGGACCUGUACGCUCGCUCUCAGAGGACAGCGGGAGGAAACAGAACUCCCAAUGCAGAAACUCUACUCACAGAUCCUGCUACUCAACAAUCAGGAUUUAUCCACAAUACCACACGGGGCUUCCUAAGGAGACUAGCGUCAAGUUGAAAGUGACCAUACACACCACGGCGAAGGAGAUAGUCCAGCUAGUGGUUCAGGAGAUAAACGGACUGUGCGCACGUCUCCAGAGCGCAGUGCGGCAGUGUGUGUGCCCUGCGCAGGUGUGUGUUUGUGGAAUGGACGUGUGUGUGUACACAUCAGAGCAGCUGGACCACUUUGCUCUCGUCUUACUCACAGAGGAACGGGAGAAAUGGCUACAGGAUGAUUUCUGUCCCCUCACACUCCAGAACCCGUGGAGUCACGGCAGACUAUGUGUACGAUUUAAACAGUGUUCCCCGCUUGCUCUACAGCACGGCAGAGCCACUGCAGUGUAGCGCGCACACACACACACACACACACACACACACACACACACACACACACACACACACACACACACACAGAUACAUUAACAGAAUAAUAUAUAGGGCAAUAUGAGUUAUGGGUACAGUAUAGAAGCUACAGACUGGACAGUGAUACCAGAGAACCAGAGAGCUGAACAGAACCACACUGAACUGGACUCAUCAUAACUGCAUGCCACUUCCAUGGACAUGUGGUUAAUGGUAAUAUACCUGUGUAAUUACCCCCAAACACACACACA